AUGGCCGACGUACAAAAAGAUGUGCCGUUCAAAUCGGCCCAGGUCGAGGCGCUCGUAGUAAUCAAGAUUGUCAAGCACUGCUCUGCCAGCUUUCCCACUACAGCUACCGGUUCCUUGGUGGGCAUGGACAACGACGGUGUCCUUGAGAUCACAAAUGCCUUUCCCUUCCCCACGGUCGAUGUUGCGAAUACCGACGGCCACCAGAACGAUGCUUCAAGCCUCGCCGCUGCCGCCCCCCGCGCAAAGGCCAAUAUCGCCUACCAGAACGAGAUGAUCAAGCACUUGAAGGAGGUCAACGUGGAUGCUAACAACGUCGGCUGGUACACCAGUGCCACCAUGGGCAACUUUGUCUCCCUCAACUUUAUUGAGAAUCAAUACCACUAUCAGCGCGACAACGAUAAGACUGUCGCGCUCGUUCAUGAUGUCAGCAGGAGCUCGCAAGGAGCGCUCAGCCUGCGCGCGUUCAGACUCUCACCCGAGUUCAUGGCCGCAUACAAGGAGGGCAAGUUCACAACAGAGAGCCUGCAAAAGUCCAAGUUAAGCUUCAAGGACAUCCUUGUGGAAGUCCCUGUCAUCGUUCACGACUCUCACCUCCUCACCACAUUCCUGCACCAGAUGCCCACCCUCCCCGAGACCGCCGAGGUUCCGCUUCCCACGUCGCUAAACGACAUUUCUCGUGACCCUGCCAGAUUACCCGCGAACCCAUCUUUCGACGCCCUUGAUCUGUCGAUUGACCCUUUUCUCGAGAAGACAUGCGAUCUUCUCCUCGACAGUAUCGAAGCCCAUUACACCGAUCUCAACAACCACCAGUACUAUCAGCGUCAGCUGACGCGCGAGCAGUUUAAGAUCACUCAAUGGCAGACAAAGCGCAAGGCGGAAAAUGCUGCCCGUGUUGCGGCGAAGCAGGCUCCUCUCCCCGAGGACGAAUGGCAAAGACUGUUCAAGCUGCCACAAGAGCCCAGUCGGCUCGAGGGCAUGCUGAAUGCGCGACAGGUUGAGCAGUACAGCAAGCAGGUGGAUGGGUUCACAGCUGCAAUUACCUCCAAGAUGUUUGCUGUCCGGGGAAAUUUGCUGCCUGAGUGA